AUGCUGAAAGUUGUGUUAGUUGUUUUGCUGGUCCUGUCACUCACAGAAGCGGUCAAAUUAAAGAAGCAGAAGAAUCAAGUGAGGAAACGACAUGUUGUUGAAAAACGACAAGACGGCGCUACCUGCGGUGAGGGCAACUUCCAGUGCGCCUCCGGUGACUGCAUCCCCCGGGACUGGACAUGUGACACGCAGUUCGACUGUUACGACGGCUCGGACGAGAGGGAUUGCCAGUGCGAAUGUCUCGGCGAGCAUCAGUUCAAGUGUCGUAACGGUCCCUGCAUUCCCGCCACCCACAUCUGCGACGCUGAGGAUGAUUGUGGCGACAACAGCGACGAAACCGACUGCCGACCUGUGCAUCAGGACCAGGUGCAGUGCGACAACUACAAGUGUAUCCCCGCCAGCUGGGUGUGUGAUGGCGACAACGACUGUGGAACUGGCUUUGAUGAGAGCAAUUGCGGGAACACCUGUAAUUCGGAACAGUUCCAGUGCGCCGACCACUCGCGAUGUAUCCCGUCCACCUGGAAGUGCGACGGCGGCGCUGACUGUGCCGACGGAAGUGACGAAGAAGGCUGUUCAUGUGACAACAGUACCCAGUUCACGUGCCGUAACGGCCAGUGCAUCCCAAUCGCCUGGCAAUGUGAUGGCGACAACGACUGCGGCGACCUUUCUGACGAAACAGGCUGUCCCACUCUGCACCCGAGCGUUUGCAGCGACAUGAUGCCCCUGCGAGACUGCGCGCUGAUGAACGAGACAGCGACCCCUAUCUGUGAACACAAUGAACUCGGCUUCAAGUACUGCCGCAAGUUCUGCAACCUCUGCCUGAGCGAACUCUGAAGCAAGGGUUGUCUUUAUGUACCCGCCUUUUGAAGCUUGUCCUCUUGAACUCGCCAUAAAAUGUUGUCUACUGUUAGUACUCGAUUCGUUUACAUCAGAGAGAAAGUUGAGAGGUUUACAACAAGGGGGUGGACUGCCUCAUUCUAUGUUUCUUAACAGUCGGUAAUCUGUGUCGAAGGACCUAUUGGGGGGCUUGACUAUGGAAAUUAAUUGACAAUCACCUCGAGAAAUAAAUGGUUUUAUUUUCAACAAUUAAA